AUGGUCCAGUUCCGCAAAAUCGUGUGUGGCGCUCUCGCAUGCCUGCUUGUUGCUCCAUGCCACGCUGCAGACAAUGACACGUAUGUGAUCACCACCAGCCCGAUCUACGACACGUGGGAAGACGACACCGGGGCGGUCAACAACAUGACUCUCAUCCUGGGGGUCAUCAACGCCGACUAUGCUUGCAACUGGACGAGCGACGGCACCCUCGCCAGCACCAGCACCAGCACCGACACGGUGUCGCUGGAAAAGCGCAAGAUGAUCACAAUCACCAGUGUUGUCACCACUGUGAAAUUCGCCGCCGACAUCAUUUCCAUCGCCAAGGCGGUGGAGAGCAUUUACGAGUACAUCGGUGGUAUCAUCUGGGUUAAGUCUGAUAUCGACACCUGCACCCUGACGUAUGGCACGGAUAUGAGUGGCGAUUACUACUAUGGGUAUGCGUAUAAGGCGACCACGACAGACAAGAACUGCGACACCACCGCGGAGAAGAAGACCAUUAUUACCGCCGUGGAGAACUGUGCCAAAAAGUUGAAUAAAAAGGGCGCCACCGUGGGCUGCUGUGCUUUUAGCCAUGGGGGAACUUGGUCCGGACAUCUGAGACUAAGUGCUGAUCCGUCGUUGUAUCCCGUACGUACUGUUGAUUGUUGA